GAAAGUCUACAGCCAUAUAUCUCCACUUUCAAGUGUUUAGUUUGUGAUGCUAGUUGUUCUACUGAGAAGGAUUUCUUUCAACAUAUUGGAAAUCAUCUGAAAGGCCAUGAAACUGUCUUUUGUGUAUUUGAAGGGUGCAGUUUUCGGACAAAUAUUUACAAUACAUUUCUAAAACACAAAAGCAGAAGACACCAACCCUAUUCUUUGAGUGAUUUUAAGCAAGCUGUGUAUGAAAGACACUAUGAUCAGACAGCUGACCUCUCUGAUUUACCAGAAGCCAGUGCUGAUGAGGGAACUAGUCUAGAUGGUGAUCCCGAAUGUGCAUCAUACCUAGUUCUGAAAAGAAUUGCUUUGCUUCUGCUGAAGCUAGAAAGUAUAUGCAAUGCAUCUGUGAGGUGCAUUGAUGCCUUGGUUGAAGACCUUCACUUCAUUUCAUCUGCAGCAUCUGUUGCCGUUGUAAGAAAUACACUCGAUUCAACAUUUAGAUCAAAUAAAUGCACUGUAGACCAGGCAUUCAUAUGUGACUUGGCAGAACAACUGUGCAACUUCCAUCCCAUUAGUACAGCACUAGCGGCAGGUGGUCCUCUUAGCACAGCUUUUAAGAGAAGAAGAUAUUUUAAAGAGCAUUUCCAGUGUGUUGACCCUGUUGAAUAUAUUCUGGAUUUUCAAAAGAACAAGACCUUUCAGUAUGUGCCCAUUCUCAAAACUCUGCAGGAAAUUGUAAAGAAUAAAGACGUUGCAGACGGAAUUAUAUCCAGGUGUUCAAACAGCACUGGAUAUAUUAAGUCAAUUUUUGAUGGCAAAUUUUACAGACAAAAUGAUUUUUAUGCUGGAGAAGAAACACGACUCUCAAUAAUCCUUUAUGUAGAUGAUUUUGAGGUGUGUAACCCUCUAGGGACCUCAAGGAAAAAACAUAAAAUUACAGCCAUUUAUUGGAUUUUGGCAAAUUUGCCAAUUGAAUUGCAAUCUGAAUUAACGUCAAUACACCUAGCUUUACUUUGCAAAGCUGUUGAUGUCAAAGAGUUUGAAUACAAAGUAGUUUUGGAACCACUAUUAAAAGAUCUUGUCACUCUAGAAAAAGAAGGAGUUUUCAUUCCCAGUGCUGGAAAAAGUAUUAAAGGGACAGUACACUGUGUUUCAGCUGAUAAUCUCGGGGCACAUUCAAUCAGUGGACUAGUUGAAAGUUUCACAGGGCCAUACACGUGUAGGUUUUGUCUUGGACAUUCUUCCAAGUACCAGACACAUGAAGUGCGAGGUGGAGCAUUUCCACCCCGUACAAAGGAGGACCAUAGUUUGCAUGUACACACUGUUAAAGAAAAUCCCAGUUUAACACAUUUCUUUGGUGUAAAGCGGUCGUGUCCAUUGACCGACAAACUGACUCACUUUCACUUUGUCUCUGGAUACCCACCAGAUGUACUUCAUGAUGUUUUUGAAGGGAUUGUUCCAAGGGAACUAGCAUUGUGUAUUCAGGUUUUCACUAGAAAAAAAUACUUUAAUUUAACUCAACUUAAUGAGUUAAUUAAAUGUUUCCCCUAUAAGGGCUCAGACAAAACCAAUAGCCCUCAGGAAAUCCCUCAAAAUUACAUCACUCGCAAAUCUAUAGGGGGAAAUGCUCAUGAAAACUGGGCCCUAAUACGUUUGUUGCCACUCAUUGUUGGUUCACUGAUACCUGAGGGUGAUUGUGCUUGGCAGGUUCUUCUGACUUUAAAAGACAUAGUUGAACUGGUGGUUGCUCCUGUUCAUACACUUGAAACUAUUGCAUAUCUUGACUCUAAAAUAUCUGAACAUCGUGACAGACUUUUGGCAGUUUUUCCAGAAGAGACACUGACACCAAAACACCAUUUUUUGGAGCACUACCCCACAUUGAUUGAAGAAUAUGGACCUCUGGUUGGUGUGUGGACAAUGCGCUUCGAAGCAAAACACAGCUUUUUUAAGAAGGUUGCGAGGCACACUAACAAUUUCAGGAAUGUCUUGUUGACCCUUUCGACACGACACCAGAUGAUGAUGGCAUAUCACUUGCAAACAGAUGGUGGAAAGCAGGCACUGUGUGUUACUAAAAUAUCUGAGGUGCCUUUAAAUGUGCUGCAUCCAGACAUACAGGGACUCUUAAGAGAAACAUCACCACUUCUGUCUGUUGUGCUGUUAGCCAAGACUGUCACCUGUUAUGGAACAAGGUACAAUGUUGGGAUGAUCCUGUCCUAUGGCUCUACAGGUGGACUUCCUGAUUUUGCUGAGAUUAUUCAGAUUGCUAUUUUGGACAACUGUGUACACUUCAUUGUAAAGUUACUGGCUGCCUGGUAUGAAGAGCAUCUAAGGUCUUUUCAGUUGGAGGACACUGGGAAAAUGGCACUUUGGGAGCAGCAGAAACUUGGUGAUGUCUACCCCUUGGCUGCGUACAGUGUGGGAGGAAAAUGCUUGGUUACACUCAAACGUCACAUCUGUUGUCCGUUUUAGGCCGGAGAGAUGGAGGAAAAAUUGCGAGUAAUCAUUGGCGACCGAAUUGAGAAGUUGGUCCUUCAAUCAGGAAUCCCACCGACUGUGGAGGAGCUGCAAACUAUUGUGAAAGAGAAAUUUGGAAUUUCUGAGGAGUUCAGUCUUCAGUAUUUGGACUCAGAAUUUGAAGAUUACUUUACACUGCAUAAAACUGACCAAAUUAAACACAAAGACACGGUAAAGGUUAUCUAUGCUGCCCCGAUUAUUCUUAACUUGCAGCAAGUUGAAGGAAGUUUGGACAUUUCUUUUGGUCAACAGUCAACAGACUGUGACUCCGUAUCUUAUGCAGAGUCUUCUGCAUCAAAUACAGAGUCAUCUGCUGGAACAUCAUCUUCAACGGACACUAUUAUCCUGCCUAGACAGAGAAGCACCACUGAACGAUGUCAGCAAUGGCCAAAGCAGUUUCCCAUUCCACAGUUUGCAUAUGAGACUGAGAUGUGCCUUGAAAGAGCCGAUGAAGACCACAGAAAGAAUGGAACACUUCUGACUGCCUCAAAGGUCAAAGCAGACAUAUUGGAGAAGCUGGCUGAAACUAUAUAUAUGUAUACAGCUUAUCCAUCAAGUGCACAGAUAUGUGAUGUUGCUGAGGCACUUGUCAAUAAAUAUCCUUGUCUGAAGGAACCUGGCUCCUUCUCAGGCUACUAUGGCUGGCAACAACGCCUCAAAUACAAGAUGGCAAAUUAUCGUACCAAACUCAGAGGUUACGGAGUUCCUGAGGUGAUGUGCAAUGCCUUCAAACGCAAGAGCCCUGGGGACCAAAAAUCUGCAAAGAAUGUGAAAAAGCCUCGAAAAGCAGAAGUAAACUACCUCCCACCUUACCCAGCAGGAGAGGAUGAGGAAAGUCAAGAACAGGAAAGGAUACAGUUGCUGACUGAAGUAAGGAAAAGAGACAACAACAAAUUGAUCAAAGAAAAGAUGGCCAAAACAUUUGCACACCGAAGAAAUGAUAUCGUUAACCAAUCACCUGCCAUAGAGGACAUCAAAGCCAGAUGGCCAGCUCUAUUCGAGGCAUCUAAUAUCGAGGAUGAGUUUCACAGAAUUACAACGGUGCACCUGGAAUCGAAGUUCAUGUCCAAGCUGGAUGAAUACUCUCCCAGGCUUCUGAACCUCUUCCACUCAAAGGGUGGGACCAUGGGAUUAAGGUUGCAGACUAUCCUACUGAAGGCUCCUAGCAAUCCUAACAUCAACAUAACCAGAGACAUUGUCAUCCGGUGUCUGAUGUUGUACCUUGGGGAAUCUGCCGAUCAGCUCUUUAAAGAGUAUGAUGAUGCAGAUGAAGACAGUGUGGCACAGGACCUUGCUGUACAAAGGAUGAAAAUUUACAGCAUCCAGAGUAAUCUGUCAGAGGGUACAGAGGACAUCGGAAUCGUGAUAGAUGGUACAAAGGUUCUGACCGCUCUGGGUAACUUUCCAAGAGCUUGUGCCAUGCUUGUUGGUUUGACGUAUGCAGUGAAUCUUGCUUAUCCCAAGGAGCUCAGGUACACUUUCGAAGCCUUUCAGAAACUCUUCCUGGAGCUGGACUGUUCAAAGCUUUCUCCAAAAGUGAACAGCCUCAAGAGCAAGCUACUGGCUUAAGAAAGGGAGCCUAAAUACACUGGUGUGCUCAGUUAUUCUGUGUGUUCAAGUGAUUUAAGUGUUCAAGUUU